GCCUCCUAUCCGGUGCGGCUGAUGCGGCUAAUAGAACCGCUUAUAAUCCGCUUGCUAAAAAAGGUAGUCGGAUCCGCAUCUAGCUUAUGAAUGUGCGGAUCCAGAUGCCUAAUUUGGAACACACCACAUACGAGGGCGACAAUAUAAUCUCAAUCCGGCGGGCCUUGAAAAUAUGGUCUGGUAUAUUUGCAAGCAGAGAUAUAUAUAUUAUAUGUCCAUUGACUGGCUAUUAUAAUGCCGGAGUCUAUUAUUUCUGCCACAGAUGGCGGGCUCCGUGAACCUCCGAAACGUCGGUAUAGGCGUACUCGAACUGGCUGUGAACGAUGUCGCGCACAACACCGCAAGUGCGACGAAGAAAAACCAGAAUGUCGGCGGUGCACUGAUUCCGGAGCUGCGUGCAAGUAUAUUGCGCGCGUGUCUUUCCUUGAGAAGAAUUCUAGGACGGUAGUGGCUUCUGCUUCUUCGAGUCCAUCAUUGGCUUCAGCGAAGCGUGGAUAUCGUGCUUUGGAAUUUGUCGUCAACACGGAUGUUUCUACCGAAAGAAGAACUUCCAAUUCACCCCUUAAUCCAAUGGUGAUAAGUCAUACUGAGCAGCCCCAAGGAGGCGUUGAUAAUGAGAGACUUCCGGGACCGCAAGAUGCAUUCUUCACGGUUGAACCACAAGCACAGAAGAAUGAGAGUAGUAAUCAUCGAGGACGCGAAAUUGUUAGCCAAAAUUCCGAAGGUAUCGAGACCGGCGAUGUCCCGUGCUUAAAUCACCAAAGUUUGUCGACUGAAUCACCAUCUAGUGCAAUCGGUCAGGGAAACAAGAAGUGGCCCCUAGUUGGACGAUCUUCACUGUCAGAUGACGAGAUAGAUCUUCUGAAAUACUAUAGUCAUCAUAUCGCCCCUUGGCUGGAUGUUUAUGAUCAAUCCCAAACAUUUGGCCAACUUUUAACCCAACUAGCGAUGAAUUCGCCCUGUGUGCUGGAUGGAAUACUGCAGACUUCGGCCAUUUUUUCGGGUCGUUCGAUAGAGAGAAUAAAACGGCGUGGUGUCGGUAUUCUUUACCUCCUCGCUCUUACAAAUCCCGCUAGCACGGAGACAGGACUUCUAGAAAUUCGACUUAUGGCUAAUUUUGUGCUGGGGAGGACACGUCUUUUCGUUCAGGAUGUCCCUGAGACGUGGCAGCCUACGUUCUAUAAGGGCGGAAGCGUUUUUUACAACCACGAGCUUUGGUUGGCCGAGGCAAAUUCAAGUCAAAAACGAAUAUGGGCCAGCUGCUCGGCUCUGCUUUCAAGAUUAGAAAUCGCAUAUUACCUUAUGAAUCAAACAUCCCCUGCUCUGAUUACCAACCAUAUAAAUCGGUUCCUGAUUUUGGUGAAGAAGCAUAUUGGUACCGACGGUCAAUGGCAGAAGAUCUCACAUGCCUCUUUUCAAUGUCUUGAGCUUCUUACUGGAGUGAUGGAUCUUUGCCUCCCGGUUUCAGAAGGCGAAAACUAUGCAGCGUCACCUCAAGCCGUGGCUUCGCCUUUAAUAGGGGCACCUGAGGUUGCGAAAUGGAAGGAACUUCUCAACGCACUACAGGAAUGGCAAAUGCAUCGUCCUCAGGAGCUCCGGCAGCUGAUAGAGGUCGAAGGUCUUGAAGCUACAUUCCCUAUCGUCAUCUUCGUUGGGAGUGCUGGCAUCUCUGCGAACGCUCUCUACCACACUGCUAUGCUUCUACUGCUUAGCAAUAGGCCACAGUCGAUAUCAUUCACUGAACUGUCCAGGGACUUGAAUCUUGAUGCGGCACAAACGUCACCUCUCUGGCACGCACACCGUGUAUGUGGCAUUGCGUUGAACAGCGAACCAGAACAUACACAUUGCUGGGACCCGUGUAUGAUAGCGGCGUUCUCAGUUGCGGCACGGCGGAUCACGCAUCCAACCCAACAGAAUGAUAUAAUUGCACAUCUGGAUCGGGUCAAGACAGCAGGCUGGAAUAUUGAUGGCCUAGUCCGGAAGCUGCGUGAAGAAUGGGGUCCUGUUAGAUAGAUCUGAACAAUAUAAUUGUUAAACCAGCCAAGCAUUUACUGUUUAAUGUGGAUUAUGCCUGUGAAACUAGUUUCUGUAUGAUGAGUUAAAA